AUGCAAAAACGAGCCCUGGACAAAAACACAUUCGUCCAGGAGGAUUAUGAAGAAAUUGAAGAAAUAGGGAGGGGGUGUUUUGGCACAGUCCAUAAAAUUAGAAGAAAGUCUGAUGGAAGGGUAUUUGUUUGGAAAAAAAUUUGUUAUGAAAAUAUGACACAACAAGAAAAAAUACAGAUUGUUAAUGAAGUAAAUGUUUUGCGAAAAUUAAGUCAUAGAAAUAUAAUUAAAUAUAUUGAUAGGAUAAUAGACAAGCAGAACCAACAGAUUUAUAUUGUAAUGGAAUAUUGCGAUGAAGGAGAUCUGGGAAAUAUUCUCAAGAAAAAAAAGUUAGGAAUAAGUAUUGAUGAGGAAGAUGUUAUCUCUAUAUUUGUUCAACUUUUAGAUGCGCUAAAUUACUGCCAUACACGUAAUAAUAAGGUGCUUCAUAGAGACAUAAAACCCCAAAAUAUUUUCAUGAUAAACCCGUCAUCAUCUGAACUUAUUCAUAAAAUUCAGGAAGGUUCAAGGAUUAAUUGUAACAUCGAUCAACAAGAACAAAAGACUACAAUUGUUAAGUUGGGGGAUUUUGGGCUUGCAAGAUACUUAUCUGGAAGGAAUCAACUUGCAACUACUCAUGUUGGCACGCCUUAUUAUAUGUCUCCCGAGGUUCUGGGAAAAGGUCAAUAUGAUGAAAAAAGUGAUAUAUGGUCAUUAGGGUGUUGUAUAUAUGAAAUUUUAGUGGGAAGACCUCCAUUUUACGCUAGGAGCUAUGAUGAAUUAAGGAAAUAUGUCAAAGAUGGUAUAGUUCCAGACUUGCCGAACUGUUACUCUAGUGAACUUAAUUCAGUCUUAAAACUAAUGUUUGAAAGAGACCCACAUAAAAGGCCAUCUGCAGAAGAAAUCUUCAACCUAGACUUCAUCAAGUACAAGACUCUAAGGCUUUCAUCAAAGUUGGAUCUGUAUUUCCUAAUGUAUGAGUACCAAAAAAUUCUUAGUUAUAACCACUAUCUAGAAUCGUUGUUAUUAAAAAGUGAUCAAAUCUCGAAGAAAAUAACAUCUGAAGAAUCCGCUUUAGACGCAUCUAUAGACUCUUCGGCUAGUACUGGAAUAACAUGUUCGAACAAUGAGAAUAUUAGUCGGAAUACUAGUCAUUUAAUUAACGAGGAGUGUAGAAAGCAUUCGAAUAAAAGUUCUCUUCAACGAAAGACAGAAUUAACAAGGAACUUUUUGAUUAAGGAGAAUGAAAAGUUAUCCUACAUUACUCCAAAGAGAAAAACUUCGGUAUACAACGUUAGAUCACAGGACAAUGCUCCCGGGUCUGCAGAUAUAUUCCACAAGUCGAAUUCAAAAAUUUGCACGCACUCUCCCGUAACAGCACCAACUAGAUUGAACGGUUACAGAGAUAAGUGUUAUCCGAAGAAAAAGUCUAUAAAUGAUCUUAAGGAUCAAAACUUUUAUCAUAAUAGGAGGCUGUCAAUAACAGGAAAUGAAAGCAAUAUUGAAAAAUGCAUCCAGACACCAAUUUACUCAGGCAUUUCGAGCAAUUCAUCAAACUCUAGUGCAAAUGAAGGUAAUGUUAGAACGAGUACAGCAACUUUCAAAAAAGGAGAUGAUAUAAUUUUCGAAUCUGAACAAAGACUUUCACGUUGGAUACAAAGAUUCCACUCUAGAAACAAAAGUUCUAUCUAA